CCAUGAAGGUGCUCCUCCUUGUCCUGCUGGCCACCAGCCUGGCCCUGCAGCCAGGCACCGCCCUGCAGUGCUACUCCUGCGAGGCGCAGGUGAGCAACCAGGACUGCCAGACGGUGAAGAACUGCACCGAGGCAGAGACCCAGUGCUGGACCUCGCGCAUCCGUGCUGUGGGGCUCCUGAGGCUGAUCAGCAAGGGCUGCACCUCCCACUGCGUGGACGACGCGGAAAACUACUACGUGGGCAGGAAGAACGUCACCUGCUGCUCCACAGACCUGUGCAACGCCAGCGGGGCCCACGGCCUGCGGCCGGCCGCCGCCCUGGGGCUGCUGGCCGUGCUUGGCAGCCUGCUGCUUGGGGGGUCCAGCCAGCUCUAGCCUGCGGGAAGGCCCAGGGCCCUGAACUGCCACACACCUGCCCCAGCCCAGGACCCUCCUGCCCCUGAAGGCCCAGGGACCCAGGCCCAGUUCCCAACAUGGGUCUGCCUGUGCCCCCUGCCCCUCGGCCCUCCUGUGGCUCCUUCUAGGAGUCCUGCCCAGCUCCUACCCACUGGGCAGACUGGGCUGUGGGCCCGCAGAGGGCUCUUCCCACGCCUGCCCCUGGCAGCCAUGGUCUCCACAGCCCUGUAACCCCUCACUCAAGUACCUCUUCCUCCAGGAAGCCUUCCCUGCCCACCCCUCCUGAGCUGAGGCAGGAGGGCCCAGCCAAGGCUGAGAUGAGACGGACUGAGUGGGGUCGGGGACUGGGAGGGUCAGGAGACUGGGGAGUCAUGGGAAGGCCGCCCAGCACACAGGAGGCCCUCAAUAAACA